UAUAAAUAGGAGUUUAUCAUUCUCUUUAGUGAUUAGAAUCCACUUUAGUGGGAAGUGAUAAGAAACUGGACGUAGAAGUAUUUAGGUAUCUAAAAGUAUUGUUACCUAUUCAUGCACAAAACUACCUCCCAAAGUUGCUUAAGGUCCCAUAUAUCAACUAGGUGUAUAAUGGAAGAUAGAACCUUCUUGUCAAAUUGGACAGAAGACAAACAGAAAAUGAAGUAUGACUUUUCCUGUGAACUGUACCGCAUGUCCACAUACUCGACUUUCCCCACCGGGGUUCCUGUCUCAGAAAGGAGUCUUGCCCGGGCUGGCUUCUAUUACACUGGGGUGAAGGACAAGGUCAAGUGCUUCUGCUGUGGCCUGAUGCUGGACAACUGGAAGCGAGGCGACAGCCCUGCGGGAAAGCACAAACAGCUGUACCCCAGCUGCAGCUUUGCUCAGAGCCUAACUUCAGCUACUCUGCAGUCCACCUCUAAGAACACCUCUCCAGUGAGAAGUGCCUCUGCACAUUCCUUGUCCCCUCCUCUGGAACACAGCAGCUUAUUCAGCGGUUCUUACUCUAGCCUUCCGCCAAACCCUCUUCACUCUAGAGCAGUGGAAGACCUCUCUCCACUGAGGACAAACCUCUACAGUUAUGCAAUGAGCACUGAGGAAGCUAGAGUUCUUACUUACAAUGGGUGGCCCUUGAGCUUUUUGUCACCAUUAGAAUUGGCAAGAGCUGGCUUCUACUAUAUAGGACCUGGAGACAGGGUAGCCUGUUUUGCCUGUGGUGGAAAGCUGAGUAACUGGGAACCGAAGGAUGAUGCUAUGUCAGAACAUCGGAGGCAUUUUCCCCACUGUCCAUUUUUGGAAAAUUCUCUAGAAACACUGAGAUUUAGUAUUUCAAAUCUGAGCAUGCAGACACAUGCAGCUCGAAUGCGAACAUUUAUGUACUGGCCACCUACUGUUGCAGUUCAGCCUGAGUGGCUUGCAAGUGCUGGCUUCUACUACGUGGAUCGCAAUGACGAUGUCAAAUGCUUUUGUUGUGAUGGUGGCUUGAGGUGUUGGGAAUCUGGAGAUGAUCCAUGGGUAGAACAUGCCAAAUGGUUUCCAAGGUGUGAAUUCUUGAUAUGCAUGAAAGGUCAGGAGUUUGUUGAUGAGAUUCAAGCUAGAUAUCCUCAUCUUCUUGAACAGUUGUUGUCAACUUCAGACACUGCUGGAGAAGAAAAUGCUGAUACACCAAUUGUUCGUUUUGGACAUGGAGAAAGUUCUUCAGAAGAUGCAGUCAUGAUGAACACGCCGGUGGUUAAAGCUGCGCUAGAGAUGGGCUUUAGUCGAAGCCUGGUGAGACAGACAGUUCAGAGUAGAAUCCUCACCACAGGGGAGAACUACAAAACAGUUAAUGAUAUUGUUUCAGCACUUCUUAAUGCAGAAGAUGAAAGAAGAGAAGAAGAGAAGGAAAAACAAGCAGAAGAGAUAGCAUCAGAUGACUUGUCAUUGAUUCGGAAGAAUAGAAUGGCUCUGUUUCAACAAUUGACGUGUGUCCUUCCUAUCCUGGAUAAUCUUUUAAAGGCUAAAGUAAUUAAUAAACAGGAACAUGAUAUUAUUAAACAAAAAACACAGAUACCUUUACAAGCAAGAGAACUGAUCGAUACCAUUUUAGUUAAAGGAAAUGCUGCAGCCAACAUCUUCAAAAACUGUCUACAAGAAAUUGACUCUGCAUUAUAUGAGAACUUAUUUGUGGAAAAGAAUAUGAAGUACAUUCCCACAGAAGAUGUUUCAGGUCUGUCACUGGAAGAGCAACUGAGGAGACUGCAGGAAGAACGAACCUGUAAAGUGUGUAUGGACAGAGAAGUCUCUGUUGUCUUCAUCCCUUGUGGGCAUCUGGUGGUGUGCCAGGAGUGUGCUCCUUCCUUGAGAAAGUGCCCUAUCUGCAGGGGCCUAAUCAAGGGCACCGUUCGGACUUUUCUCUCGUAAAGAAAAGUAGCCUUCAUAUCGUGUUGGCUUUGGAAGCCAUCUGAAACAGCGAAUUCCUGAUUCUUCAGAUUAGCCAUUUUGCUCUGCUGCUUUCAUAAUCUUGUUUGAUAAAGUCAGCAUUGCGUACUGCAUCUGUUUGUGUAGUUGCAAGGGACAAUUGAUAUUUGAUGCGCCAAGUUUGUAAUGUGUGUGAGCGUAGGAAGUAUUGAUGGAGUAGCAGUGACUAGUAGGUGCCUGGACUGCCUGGACUGGAUGUUCUCCAUGAGCUCUGACAACUGGCGGCCAUGCGUUAUACCAAAUUCUCUUUGGUGUUUAUUAUGGAAAAUAGGAUUUUUCUGUUACUGGUAAAUAAGGUCUCUCAUAGUUUGUGAGAAACAUUUUAAUAAAAUGCUUAAAACGGUUUACAUCAUU